CCCAGCACCUCGCCGCAUUCUCGCCGCCUCUGGGUCCCACUCCGCGCCCUCUCCACGCGGCCCCGAGACCGCCCACCGCGCCGCGGACCGCCCCAACCGCGCCCCGGACCGCCCCAGCCGCGCCCCACCCCGCCUGCCUCCUCCAUCAGGCCCCACCCCAGACCGCUUGCUGUGCCACCGCACAAGAUCCCCGUGCCCGGAGCUAGCGCCACGGACCCGGCUACCGAUCCAGCUGGUUGAACCAUGGCGACAACUCCUGCCAGUGCUUUCGAGGCCCUCAUGGAUGGAGUGACAAGCUGGAAUGUUCCCAAAGACCCCAUCCCUAGUGAACUUCUUCUUAUUGGAGAGGCCGCCUUCCCGGUGAUGGUGAAUGACAAGGGCCAGGUCCUCAUUGCUGCCUCCUUCUACGGCCGAGGCCGCCUGGUGGUGGUGUCCCAUGAAGGCUACCUGCUGGAUGCUGGCUUGGUUCCAUUUCUUCUUAAUGCAGUGGGUUGGCUCUGUCCCUCACCUGGGGCUCCCACUGGAGUGCACCCAUCCCUGGGAUCACUAGUAAGUAUCCUGCAGGGCUGUGGGGUUCAGGCACAGAUUCAGCCGGAACUGGGGGCCCCCUUGGGGGUUUACUGCAUCAGUGCCUACCAUGAUAAGAUGACUGCAGAGCUGAUCCAGUAUGUGAAACGUGGAGGCGGCUUGCUCAUCGGGGGCCAAGCCUGGUAUUGGGCCAGUCAGCAUGGUCGUGACAAUGUGCUGUCCAGGUUCCCCGGGAACCAGGUGACAAGUGUGGCUGGAGUGUACUUCACCGACAUCUAUGGGGACAGAGGACGGUUCAAGGUCUCUAAGAAGGUACCCAAGAUCCCACUCCAUGUCAGGUGCGGGGAGGAUCUCAGGCGGGAUCAGCAGCAGCUCCUGGAAGGGAUCUCAGAGCUGGACAUCAAGACGGGGGGAGUCCCCUCGCAGCUGCUGGUGCACGGGGCCCUGGCCUUCCCGCUGGGGUUAGACGCCUCACUCGGCUGCUUCCUGGCAGCCGCCCGCUAUGGCCGGGGCCGGGUGGUCCUCGCCGCCCACGAGGGCAUGCUCUGGGCUCCCAAGAUGGGGCCCUUUUUGCUCAAUGCUGUGCGCUGGCUGGCCAGAGGCCAGACAGGCAAAUGUGGGGUGAACGCAGGGCUGAAAAAUCUGUGCGCCCUCCUGUCGGAGCAUGGCCUGGAGUGCAGUCUGCAGCCCCAUCUGACGCGCGACUUGAGUGUCUACUGCUGCAAGGCCUACGGUGACAAGGAGGCCAAGCAGCUACAGGAGUUCGUGGCUGAGGGUGGGGGCUUGCUGAUCGGGGGCCAGGCCUGGUGGUGGGCCUCCCAGAACCCGGGCCGCUCCACUUUGGCCGGUUUCCCUGGUAACGUCAUCCUCAACCGCUUUGGCCUCAGCAUCCUGGCUCAGACCCUCGAUCCAGGCUGCUUCCCUGUCCCCACCCCCGAGAUGCGGAGCUACCACAUCCGCACGGCGCUGUGCGAAUUCCAGGCCACGCUGAACCGUGGGGCUGGGAACCUGGAAAAGCGCUGGCUGGCAAAGCUAGGAGCAGACGGUGCGGCCUUCCUACAGAUUCCCGCGGAGGGGGUCCCGGCUUAUGCGUCCUUGCACCGGCUCCUGAGGAAGAUGCUGCGUCUGUCAGGCCUCCCAGCCGUGAGCCGGGAGCACCCAGUGGCUGGCGAUUCCUGUGAGGCCGCGGUGCUCUGCCUGGCCACGGAGCUGGCACACUCUGGGACUGACUGCUCCCAGCUGGUGCGGGAGCUUGGGACGGGGACCUGCGGCUCCCUUCUGGCCCCCUCAGAUCAGCCCAUCACUGUGGAGAUCGAUGGCAGCAACCCAGGCAACGGGGACUGCUGGGUGAGUACCGGGCUCUACCUCCUGCACGGACAAAGUGCAGAAGUCUCGCUGUCCGAAGCUGCGGCCUGCGCCGGUCUGAAGAUACAGGUUGGCUGCCACACUGAUAACCUGACCAAGGCCAGAAAGCUGUCCCGAGCCCCUGUGGUGACUCACCAGUGCUGCAUGGACAGGACCACGCAGUCGGUCUCCUGCCUCUGGGGCGGCCUCCUCUAUGUCAUCGUGCCGAAGGGCAGCAAACUGGGCCCCAUACCUGUCACCAUCAAGAGGGCCGUGCCCGCCCCAUACUACAAGCUGGGUAAGACAUCGGUGCAGGAGUGGAAGAACUGUGUCCAGGAGAGCCUGGCUCCCUGGGGAGAGCUGGCCACAGAUAAUAUCAUCCUGACGGUGCCAACAGCAGACCUCCGUACCCUAGAGGACCCGGAGCCUGCACUCCACCUCUGGGACGAGAUGAUGCAGGCGAUAGCCCGGCUGGCAGCCCAGCCUUUCCCUCUCUGCCGUCCCGAGAGGAUUGUUGCCGACGUGCAGAUCUCAGCCGGCUGGAUGCACUCAGGAUACCCCAUCAUGUGCCACGUGGAGUCAGUGCAGGAGCUCAUCAAUGAGGCAGGCAUGAGGAGCGGGGGUCUGUGGGGACCCAUCCAUGAGCUGGGUCACAACCAGCAGCGACAAGAGUGGGAGUUCCCCCCACACACCACUGAGGCCACCUGCAACCUCUGGUCAGUCUAUGUGCAUGAAACGGUCCUGGGCAUCCCCAGGGCUCAGGCCCAUCCUGCGCUGAGCCCUCCAGAACGAGAGAAGAGAAUUAAAACACACAUAAGAAAGGGAGCCCCACUGCACGACUGGAAUGUGUGGACAGCUCUGGAAACAUACCUACAGCUCCAGGAAGCCUUUGGGUGGGAGCCAUUCACCCAGUUAUUUGCUGAGUACCAGACACUCUCUGGCACCCCCACAGACAAGGCUGGCAAGAUGAAUCUGUGGGUGAAGAAGUUCUCAGAAAAGGUGCAGAAGAAUCUGGCUCCAUUCUUUGAGGCCUGGGGCUGGCCUGUCCAGAAGGAAGUGGCCGCCUGCCUGUCCUGUCUGCCUGAGUGGCAAGAAAACCCCGUGCGGGUGUACGUGCAUCCUCAGGUAUAAAGGAUGUGCAGCAAGGCAGUGGGGGGGGGUGGGGGUGGGGGUGGGGAGGAACGAUCACUCGCCAAGGCCACCACCCAUGUUUCCAGCUUAGCUUCUUGAGCCUGAGCCCCACAUCUCAGGAAGCUGUCUUCAGGAAGGCAGCUAAGGUCAUAAGACAAAAUGACCCCAACUUUCUCAGGAAAAUGCCCUUGUUACUAUUUCCCUGGUCAACCGACUUGCUUCACCACCCUCCUUCUCCAGCAGAGGACCUUUCAUCUGCGCAUCUUGAGGUCCCGCAGGCUCGUGGCUUCUACUUUUGACCAACAGUUCUAACGACUAUGGGUUACCAUAACAAUCUGACAUCACUCCCUCACCCCUGCCAGCCUUGAACAUGACUGUAAAUUUCUUAUGCUUUGGGAAGCUUUCUAAUAGCAAGAGAGACAGGCUGGUAUAGAGAGCCCUGGACUUGUUCGGUUCUGCGGGAAAUCUCUUCAACUCUCUGUGCUUCUGUAUUCUCAUCCACGACUUGGGGAUAAAAGUCCACUGUUUGAUAAUGGUGAACAUGUUCAUCCACUGCAAAAUGCAUACACAUGCAAGGGCAUUCUUCAGCUUUUGCCAGGUCCCAUGGUGGCCUGGCCUGUCUAUCCAAUCUUGUGUGGACAACCUGAAGACUGAAUCCCACCUCAGAGUUGGCCACUUGAGGCAGGCAUGCAGUCUCUGUGUAAGACUAUGUAAUGAGUACAGGUGUUGUUUCCAGACAUGGUGAUGAUAGUUACUGAGAUCCUAGCCUGUCUUACGUCCUUUCUCCCACCUCUAGAAGGACUCGUGGGUAUGACCUAACCCAAAGAGUGGUAUAAAUUCAAGUAAGAUGGUAUAAAUUCAAGCUCAAUGUUACAAAGCCACUUGGUCCUUUUGGUUAGUUCCAUCUUCUAGUACUUUUGUUUCAACCAAAAGUAAAGUCACAGUAGUAACCCCUACCAGGUCCACCAGCCUGUUUGUUCUUAGCACAAAACAGGUGACUGACUCCUCUGAUCACCAAAGAAUCAAGGCGCUGUCCAGUGAUAACAACAGCUGUACUGAAUGAAAAGUCUGUGUGUGACAGCCUUUACUCAGGAGCAGGAUUACUGGAUGCAGCAGACCAAAUUAACCCUGAGCUUUCUAAUAAUGCAUUCCAGCCCAUCCCAACUCUUUGGCUAGGUGGAGUUCUAAAUGGAGCUACAUCUCCAGGAUUAAUGGGGUGUGGCCAUUUUUCUCUAGCUUACUUUUAAACCAUAUUUUGUGGUUUGAAUAUCAUUCCAUGAACUGUGUUCAGAGUAGAGUAGCUCUUCCAAAGAAGAACUGACUUAGGAAAUGUCUUUUUUGAAUCCCAUCCUCCUCCUCCUGAUUCUAGGAUAAUUUCCUUUUAUUUCACUACUAUAUUUUCUCAGGUGCUUUUCACAUGAAAGGUGCUCAAUAAACAUUUGUGAGUUCAAAGAACAGUAGUGACACCCAGCUCACAAUGAGCAAUCAGUACGUGCAGGCACUGUGUGGGGUAUUUAAUGUGAGUUAUCUCAUGGAAUUUACACAACAGACCUUUGAAGUAGGUACUAUUAUUAUUCCCAUGUCAAAAAUGAGGAGACAGAUACUAAGGAAUAUUAAAUAACUUCUGAAGUCACCCAGAUAAUAAGAGGAAAAGUCAGGACUUGAGUGAAACCCCUGGCAGUGAAAAACUCCUCCAUGAAAGAUUUAGAAUUUAAACAAAAAUCUACCUAGAAAAUGGAAGUUCAACAAACUUCUGACUUACUUCAUGUUAACUACUGAAUUUUUACUAAAUAUCAAAUUUAACCUCCAAAAAGUAUUGGUACCUGAUUUUCUGGUUGUCUCAGCAUGUGACUAGUUAGCUUCCAUAUAGGUAGAGAAAGGAGUUGAACCCAAGAAAUUCAACUCCAGAACUGGUAUUCUUAUCCAUGAUGUUAAGGAAGACUGCAUGGAUGGAUAAUACCGGCUUUAAGAGGCUGCCACAGAACACCAACAAUGAAACAACAGAAAGAGAAAUCAAGGAAUCUAUGCCAUUUACAAUUGCACCAAAACCCAUAAAAUACCUAGGAAUAAAUCUAACCAAAGAGGUGGAAAAUCUAUACACUGAAAACUACAGAAAGCUUAUGAAAGAAACUGAAGAAGACACAAAAAAAUGGAAAAUGAUUCCAUGCUCCUGGAUAGAAAGAACAAAUAUUGUUAAAAUGCUGAUACUAUCCAAAGCAAUCUACAUAUUCAAUGCAAUCCCUAUCACAGUAACACCAGCAUUCUUCAUAGAGCUAGAGCAAAUAAUCCUAAAAUUCGUAUGCAACCAGAAAAGACCCCGAAUAGCCAAAGCAAUCUUGAAAAAGAAAACCAAAGCAGGAGGCAUCACAAUCCCAGACUUCAAGCUAUACUACAAAACUGUAAUCAUCAAGACAGUAUGGUACUGGCACAAGAACAGACACUCAGAUCAAUGGAACAGAAUAGAGAACCCAAAAAUGGACCCACAAACAUAUGGCUAAUCUUUGACAAAGCAGGAAAGAAUAUCCAAUGGAACAAAGACAGUCUCUUCAGCAAGUGGUGCUGGGAAAACUGGACAACGACAUGCAGAAGAAUGAACCUGGGUCACUUUCUUACACCACACACAAAAAUAAACUCAAAAUGGAUGAAAGACCUCAAUGUAAGACAGGAAGCCAUCAAAAUCCUCAAGGAGAAAACAGGCAACAACCUCUUUGACCUCAGCCACAGCAACUUCCUACUCAACACGUCUCCGGGGGCAAGGGAAGCAAAAGCAAAAAUGAACUGCUGGGACCUCAUCAAAAUAAAAAGCAAAGGAAACAAUCAGCAAAACUAAAAGGCAACCAACGGAAUGGGAGAAGAUAUUCGCAAAUGACGUAUCAGAUAAAGGGUUAGUAUCCAAAAUCUAUAAAGAACUUACCAACUCAACACCCAAAAAACAAAUAAUCCAGUGAAGAAAUGGGUAAAAGACAUGAAUACUUUUCCAAAGAAGACAUCCAGGUGGCUAACAGACACAUGAAAAAAUGCUCAA